AACAACGGAAACAACGAAAACGAAAAAUCCCGCCUCCUAACCGCAUCCCGCACCCUACCUUACCCUCCCUCCGCCUUAUUCAGCGUCAUCUCCUCCGUGGAAUCCUACGCGCAGUUCCUCCCCUUCCUCACCGCGUCAACCGUUACAGCCCGAGACCCGGAAACCGGGUACCCGACCCGCGCCUUCCUAACGGUUGGAUACGGCCCGCUCAGCGAAACGUUCACGUCCAAGGUGACCUGUGACCCGGGGACCUGGGUCGUCGAGGCCCGCUCGGGAGCGAAGUUCGGGGUGGAUUCGAACCAGGGACAGCGGGGGUCCAGCGGCUCUGCGGGGGGCAUUGCUGGGUUCUUGGAUUUUCCGGGGGCCAACGAGGGGGUUUUUGAGUUCCUGAGUACGAGGUGGGAGUUGGUUCCGUUGGAGGAGAAGAGCGGGUCGGAGACUACGGUCAAGUUGGAGAUUCGGUUUGAGUUUAAGAAUAUGUGGCAUGCUAAGAUGAUGAGUGCGCUUGAGGGGCAGAUGGCUGGUGUUAUGAUUGAGGCGUUUGAGAGGAGGAUUAAGGAGAUUCAUGGGUGA